AUGGUCGGACUUAUGAUCUUUGCUUCUGUUUUCAUAGCUGCUAGUAUGGUACAUUUGUCGGUGGCAACUGAAGAAAUGUGCUCAAAAUUUUCGUAUGAAAAAGAAAUUAUUGCAAACAUGCUUAAUAUGGAACUCAAAGUUGAAAAAUUGGAACAAGACGCCAAGAAGAGAAACGAAGAUAUUGUAACAAUGCUUGACGCUCAGAAGAAAGAAAUGGAGAAGUUUGCAAAUGACAACAAAAAUCUUCGAGAUAUUUUUGUAGUUGUGAUGGAAAACAAAACAGCAGCAGUUAACAGAUUUCUUGAGGAUAAAGUGGUAAACAAAUUUGAUGACAAAAUAGCAGAAGUUGAUGAUGCGUUGAAAAUUGUUAACGGAAAAAUUGAUGAUGUAUUAAAAGAAACUGCUGAAAUAGGACUGACAAAGCCAAUAAUUGCAUUCUCAGCAUAUGUUAAGGAGCAAAAGAUACAUAUACCUCAAAACCAAAUCAUUGUCUUCAAUUCCAUAAUAACUAAUGUAGGGAACGGAUAUAACAGUGCAUCUGGUAAAUUUGUCGCCCCUGUCGCCGGCUAUUAUGUAUUGUCUUGUAGUCUCCGAUCUUGGAAUGACGAAGAGUUUUGGGCUAGUAUUGAUGUAAACAACUCAUUGAAAGCACGUCUGAAUGAAAAGGGUGUACCUUCAAGGCAUGGAAUGACCAGUCAAACUAUCAUUGUGGAGUUGAAAGCAAAUGAUGUUGUUUCCGCUAAGGCAUAA